AUUUCUCUCUAUUAUUCUCCGGUCGUCGACUUACCGUUCGAUUGACCUUGUCCUCCGUCUCCUGCAAUUGAGCUCGGAGCUUGUGCAUGUCCCGGUGACAUUGAUCUACGCCUUGCUGGUGGAAAGGAACCCAAUUUCGUUAGCUGCAGUCUGUCAUUCAUAACUAUCAGAACCUACCUGCUUUUCACGGUCGUUUGUGUCUGCCACUUGUUAUAGCUCAUUAUCAAAUCCUGCCUCACAAUGCUACUCCCGCGGCUUUCUUCCCUCCUGUGUCUUGCCGGCCUGGCGACUAUGCCAGUGGCCAAUGCUUACGACGGCGAUGAGAACAUCAAGAGCAUUCCACUUCGCACUCACAGUCUCGCUCCGCCAUAUCUGGAUUCAGACUUCCAAAGCCGCUGGUUCGAUUUUGGUGGCGACACGAUAAUCCGCGCAGACAAAUACAUCCGUCUUACGGCCGAUCGACCCUCGCAGCAGGGAUGGAUCUUCUCCCGGGUUCCCCUUACUGCGACAAACUGGGAGAUCGAGCUCGAAUUCAAGCUUCAUGGAAAUGGUAAUCUGCACGGCGAUGGCUUUGCCAUGUGGCUCACCAAGCAGCGCGCCACGCAGGGUCCUGUCUUUGGUUCAACGGAUAACUUCGAGGGUCUCGGUAUCUUCUUCGACACCUACAAGAACAACCGUCCCGGCACCUCGUUCCCUUACGUGAUGGCUAUGAUGGGCGACGGACAGACUAGCUACGACCAGGCGCAUGACGGCAAGGCCAAUGAAUUGGCUGGUUGUUCCGCUCGUGGUCUGCGAGGCGCUUCGAUCCCCACCAAGGCCCGCUUGACGUACUUCCAGGACAAGUCGUUGACUCUCGACUUGCAGUACAAGUCUGAGGACAGCUGGACCAACUGCUUCACCCUGACCGCACCCGAGACCAACAUCGCUAUCCCAUCCGUCGCGUACCUGGGCUUCUCUGGCGAGACCGGUGAACUGAGCGACAACCAAGACAUCGUCUCGGUGAAAUCACAGAACCUUUACAGCGUCGGACCGUCCAGCCGCUCUAGCCGUGGACCAAGCACCGACAGCGGUCGCGUCAAGAAGACCAAGAAGAGCAAGGGAAGCUGGAGCGGGUUCCUGUUCAAGGCUGUUCUGUUCUUGGCUGUUGCUGCAGGCUGCUAUAUUGGGUUCACCGUAUACCGGAACAAGCAGAGAUACUCGAGGUUCUAA